AUGGCAAUUCAUGACUUCCCCCUGUCCCGGACUACCUCGGAGGCUAACAACUUGGAUGCCCUUAUACGAGAAAUUUACCUACUUCAGCAGGCGGGUGCGGUAACUUGCGAGACGUCUGUCACCGGUUUGGUGGACCUCAUCAGUAUCUCUAAUCCAGCUUUGGUGCCUUCAUUACUGAGAAUAAUUCAAGAUCAGGACAUCUCCAUCAGUGAGGAAAAUGACGUCAGCCAGCCGACCUUGGAUGAGCCUUUGACUACUACUCCUGCCUUUAUCACUGCAGAGAACGCUGUGGGACUCGAUCGUGAGGCCAGUCCUGGCCUUGCCGAUUAUGCUGCAAGUCCUGUAGAGAGCUCACGCUCACAAGGCGAAGAUUGUGAUGACCAUGCACCUGCUACAAGUAUCGAGCAGACCUCCAAUGCUAGUAGUGGUAUGGAGAUGGUUGAAGUGGAUGCUCUCCUCAACAAUGAAAAUGAAAAGAGGACCACGGUCAUGAUUAAGAAAAUACCGAGAAGGUUCACUGUUGCGGCUCUGCGAGAUCUUAUAGAAAGAGAAUGUCCUGCUUUACGACACGGUGGUUAUGACUUGUUAUAUUUGCCCGUCGAUACCGCUAAAGUUGCCAAUCGCGGGUAUGCUUUCAUCAACUUCACCACGCCACGCUAUCUCCUUGUUUUCACACUUGCUUUCCAAGGCUAUGAAUGGUUCCCGCAGAGAAGGCGUCGCAGUGAGGGUACCACCAACACCAAAGCAUGUGAGAUCUACUUCGCUCACAUACAAGGCCGUGACGCCACAAUCCGCUCGGUUGAUCCUACCGGUUCGAAGCGGUCGAACUCCCCCAACUACGAGAGUAUUGGUGACGGCAAACUCAAGUCGACGCCAGUCUCCAAUGCUGACUAG